AUGUCAACGCCUCCUAAGAAGCGCUGCGGUGUUCUGGGAGCAACCGGUGCGGUAGGCACUCGAUUCAUCCUCCUACUCUCACAGCAUCCUCUACUCGAAUUGGUGGCUGUAGGCGCCUCAGAUAGGUCAUCUGGUAAAAAAUACCGUGAUGCUGUUCGCUGGAAGCAAUCAUCUCCCAUGCCCGCUAUGGUGGCAGACCUGACUGUCCGCCGCUGUGACCCCGCCGAAUUUUCAGACUGCGACAUUAUCUUCUCUGGGCUGGACCCCGAUGCCGCGGGCGAGAUUGAGAUGGCCUUCCUCAAGGCCAACUUUGCUGUGUUCUCAAACGCAAAGAACUACCGACUGAACCCUAUGGUGCCGUUGGUGGUGCCCCUCGUCAAUGCGGGGCAUAUUGAUGUGAUCCCCGCGCAAAGGAAGCAUUUCGGUCUUGAUAAAGGAUUGCUGGUAUGCAACUCCAAUUGUGCGGUUGUAGGAUUGGUUGUACCGGCAAAGGCUCUCAUUCAGAAGUUCGGGCCUAUUGAGUCGGUGAGCAUGGUUACUAUGCAGGCUGUCUCAGGAGCCGGCUAUCCUGGUGUCAGCAGCAUGGAUAUCUUCGAUAAUAUUGUUCCGUAUAUCCCCGGUGAAGAAGGAAAAAUAGCCAGCGAAGCACGCAAGAUCCUAGGAGACCUUAACUCUGAUGCAGCUGGAUUCAGUGAUCAGAAGCCCCUUCAGAUUUCUGUUGCUUGUAACCGUGUUCCCGUUCUUGAUGGCCAUACCGUCUGCGCAUCUCUGCGCUUCGUUAACCGCCCUCCACCUACUGCAAGCCAGGUACGUGAGGCACUGCGGGAGUACAAACCAGAGGUUCAGACACUUGGAUGCCCCUCCGCUCCCAAAGAGAGCAUUCGUGUCAUGGAAGAAUUAGACCGGCCACAGCCUCGUCUUGAUAGGGAGACCGAACGCGGAUAUACCUGCACUGUAGGCCGAAUCAGAGAGGAUGACAGCGGGGUCUUCGAUAUCCAAUUUGUUGCCCUUAGCCAUAACACCGUCCUCGGGGCGUCUGGUAGCAGUAUCUUGAAUGCCGAGAGUGCUAUAUUGAAGGGUUUUGUCUAG